ACUGCAGACUGCAUCGCGCCAACCCUUGAUGUGUUUCUUCCAUCCAGCUCGUUCCUACUAUUAAAAAUAUUUUUUUUUGAAGGGGGAAAAAAAAAGACCCGCACUUUAUUCGCUUCAAAUGUUCACCACUUUUAUUCCUCGCCAAGCCUUUCCUUUCUAGAUGACGAGGACCGGGAGGCAGGGCCAUUGGAAGGAGAUGCUGAAUAGGAAGAAAAGAGAGGCACUUGACGGUCCAGCCUUGUGAAUGCAGAGACUGUUUCCCUUCUAGCGAGAGACAGGGAGAGUGUGUGUGCGAGGGCUGGGAGGUGGCUCCCCCUUCCUUUCCAUUCCGCCCCCUACCCCUCCCCCCUGAAGCUGCACAUCCAACCAUGAGUUGCCUGUUGAUUUCCUUUCGCCCGAGAAGCCACGCAAACUGGAAUUAAACUGCAGCGAGAGAAGUCCCUGCUCGCCGGGAGAGAAUGGGAUGGUAGCGGCGGCUCCCGGCUUCUCGCAGAGAAAUCAGAGUGUGUGUCGUCCGAACGGAGGCGGAGAUACCUCGAUACACCCCUCCCUCCCCCCCACCCUCCCCGUAGACUUAACACCGCAAACGCGGAUCAGGCUGUGGCUUUCCGGACCUUGGGGGAGAGCCUUUUCGGAGGAAGAGAGGGAGGAGCUUGGCGGAGGGAGGAAACUACAAAUCGGGACACUAGUUCUUUGCACUGCAUUUCCUCCCCUCCCUUUGGCUGCUCGGAAAGGAGAGAGAGAGAAAAAAAUACGCUUGGCUGGGAGAUGCAGUCCGCCGCCGCCGCCUCAGCCAGAAAUGCAAGAUUAGAUCUCUAAAUGCAGUAAAAACACGGCCGGAAAACAGACCCGCCGGAGAAGCAAGCAGACAUUUCACAGCGCCCCGGGAAAGCUUCAGAAUAUAUCUGACUCGCUCUUCACUGCUCCCCAGCCCCAUUCAUUUCAUCACCGGAGGCGACCAGAAACAAGUAAGGAUUUCACUUUCCCAUCUGCCUGGAGACACACCUCCCCGCUCCCUCCCCCACCAAUUGGAAGAGUAUUCCGGAGGCUCCCGGCGGGAGUGGAUUUGCAGCGUCCCAGCGGGAGCCAGGAAAACCUACGCAUUCUAGGCUCAUCAUCUCCUCCCCACCCCAGACUCGAUUUACACUGUAUCCCCGGCACCGUCGCUAAGUUUGAGUCGCCGCAAGUUCGGGCGGCAGAGACAAAGCCGCGGGCUUGCCCCAGCCGCGGGGAGCCGCCGCCUGGCUCCGCGCUCCUGCAGCAUCGCCGCGCCUCUGCUUCUCGCCCAGUGCGGAUGCUGUAGAUCAACAGGUUCGGGAACUUGAGCGGAAUCAGGAGGGCCCGCCGGGUCCCGCAGCCCGGCAGCGGGGGGAAGGAAGGACCCACAGACUUGUGGCUGGCUCGGCGCGCAUGCUGCGCGGGGGCUCCAGGCUGACGCGCACCCAUUCGCUCUCCCCUCCGGUCCGGUUGUCACUGCCUCCACCCCACCGGUCUGGGAUGUACCUUUCCAUCUGUUGCUGUUUUCUGCUCUGGGCCCCUGCCCUGACGCUCAAAAACCUGAACUACUCCGUGCCGGAGGAGCAGGGGGCCGGCACGGUGAUUGGCAACAUCGGCAAAGAUGCGCGGCUGCAGCCGGGGAUUCCGCCCGCGGAGCGCGGCGGCGGCGGCGGGCGCAGCAAGUCCGGUAGCUACCGGGUGCUGGAGAACUCGGCGCCGCACCUGCUGGACGUGGACGCGGACAGCGGGCUGCUCUAUACUAAGCAGCGCAUCGACCGCGAGUCCCUGUGCCGCCACAACGCCAAGUGCCAGCUGUCCCUCGAGGUGUUCGCCAACGACAAGGAGAUCUGCAUGAUCAAGGUGGAGAUCCAGGACAUCAACGACAAUGCGCCCUCCUUCCCUUCCGACCAGAUCGAGAUGGACAUCUCGGAGAACGCGGCCCCCGGCACCCGCUUCCCCCUCACCAGCGCGCACGACCCCGACGCGGGCGAGAACGGGCUCCGCACCUAUCUGCUCACCCGCGACGACCACGGCCUCUUCGCGCUGGACGUCAAGUCUCGUGGCGACGGCACCAAGUUCCCAGAGCUGGUCAUCCAGAAGGCGCUGGACCGCGAGCAGCAGAACCACCACACGCUCGUGCUGACCGCCCUGGAUGGCGGGGAGCCGCCGCGCUCCGCCACUGUGCAGAUCAACGUGAAGGUGAUCGACUCCAACGACAACAGCCCCGUCUUCGAGGCGCCCUCCUACCUGGUGGAACUGCCGGAGAACUCCCCGAUGGGCACCGUGGUCAUCGAUCUGAAUGCCACGGACGCCGACGAAGGCCCCAAUGGCGAAGUGCUCUACUCCUUCAGCAGCUACGUGCCCGACCGCGUGCGGGAGCUCUUCUCCAUCGACCCCAAGACCGGCCUGAUCCGUGUCAAAGGCAACCUGGACUAUGAGGAGAACGGCAUGCUGGAGAUCGACGUGCAGGCUCGGGACCUGGGUCCCAACCCCAUCCCGGCCCACUGCAAGGUCACUGUCAAGCUCAUCGACCGCAACGACAACGCGCCGUCCAUCGGUUUCGUCUCCGUGCGCCAGGGGGCGCUGAGUGAGGCCGCCCCUCCAGGCACCGUCAUCGCCCUCGUGCGGGUCACUGACCGCGACUCGGGCAAGAACGGGCAGCUGCAGUGCCGGGUCCUGGGCGGAGGUGGGGCGGCCGGCGGCCUGGGCGGGUCGGGAGGAUCGGUGCCCUUCAAGCUGGAGGAGAACUACGAUAACUUCUAUACGGUCGUGACUGACCGCCCGCUGGACCGGGAGACACAGGACGAGUACAACGUGACCAUCGUGGCGCGGGACGGGGGCUCCCCUCCCCUCAAUUCCACCAAGUCGUUCGCCGUCAAGAUUCUGGAUGAGAAUGACAACCCACCUCGUUUCACCAAGGGACUCUACGUGCUGCAGGUGCAUGAGAACAACAUCCCAGGAGAGUACCUGGGCUCCGUGCUCGCCCAGGACCCCGACCUGGGCCAAAACGGCACGGUGUCCUACUCCAUCCUGCCCUCGCACAUCGGCGACGUGUCCAUCUACACCUAUGUGUCCGUGAACCCCACCAACGGGGCCAUCUACGCCCUGCGCUCCUUUAACUACGAGCAGACCAAGGCUUUUGAGUUCAAGGUGCUGGCUAAGGACUCCGGGGCGCCCGCGCACCUGGAGAGCAAUGCCACCGUGAGAGUGACAGUGCUGGACGUGAAUGACAACGCGCCGGUGAUCGUGCUGCCCACGUUGCAGAACGACACCGCCGAGCUGCAGGUGCCGCGCAACGCCGGCCUGGGCUACCUGGUGAGCACCGUGCGCGCCCUGGACAGCGACUUCGGCGAGAGCGGGCGCCUCACCUACGAGAUCGUGGACGGUAACGAUGACCACCUGUUUGAAAUAGAUCCGUCCAGCGGCGAGAUCCGCACGCUGCACCCCUUCUGGGAGGACGUGACUCCCGUCGUGGAGCUCGUCGUGAAGGUGACUGACCACGGCAAGCCCACCCUGUCCGCCGUGGCCAAGCUCAUCAUCCGCUCGGUGAGCGGCUCCUUGCCCGAGGGGGUGCCCCGGGUGAACGGGGAGCAGCAUCAUUGGGACAUGUCGCUGCCGCUCAUCGUGACUCUGAGCACUAUCUCUAUCAUCCUCCUCGCGGCCAUGAUCACCAUCGCUGUCAAGUGCAAGCGAGAGAACAAGGAGAUCCGCACUUACAACUGCCGCAUCGCGGAGUACAGCCACCCGCAGCUGGGCGGGGGCAAGGGCAAGAAGAAGAAGAUCAACAAAAACGAUAUCAUGCUGGUGCAGAGCGAAGUGGAGGAGAGGAACGCCAUGAACGUCAUGAACGUGGUGAGCAGCCCCUCCCUGGCCACCUCCCCCAUGUACUUCGACUACCAGACCCGCCUGCCCCUCAGCUCGCCCCGGUCGGAGGUGAUGUAUCUCAAACCGGCCUCCAACAACCUGACUGUUCCUCAGGGGCACGCGGGCUGCCACACCAGCUUCACCGGACAAGGGACUAAUGCGAGCGAGACCCCAGCCACUCGGAUGUCCAUAAUUCAGACAGACAAUUUUCCCGCAGAGCCCAAUUACAUGGGCAGCAGGCAGCAGUUUGUUCAAAGUAGCUCCACGUUUAAGGACCCAGAAAGAGCCAGCCUGAGAGACAGUGGGCACGGGGACAGUGAUCAGGCUGACAGUGACCAAGACACUAACAAAGGCUCCUGCUGUGACAUGUCUGUUAGGGAGGCACUCAAGAUGAAAACUACUUCAACUAAAAGCCAACCACUUGAACAAGCAUUCCCGACUUUGCUUUCCUUUGCUAUCCUCACCCUACACACCAUCACAAGUAGACUUCAGUCUGUUGAUCUGCUUCCUACAGAACCAGAAGAGUGCAUUAAUUGCACAGAUGAAUGCCGAGUGCUUGGUCAUUCUGACAGGUGUUGGAUGCCACAGUUCCCUGCAGCCAAUCAGGCUGAAAACGCAGAUUACCGCACAAAUCUCUUUGUACCCACAGUUGAAGCUAAUGUUGAGACUGAGACUUACGAAACUGUGAAUCCCACUGGGAAAAAGACCUUUUGUACAUUUGGAAAAGACAAGCGAGAGCACACUAUUCUCAUUGCCAAUGUUAAACCUUAUUUAAAAGCCAAACGUGCCCUGAGCCCUCUCCUCCAAGAGGUCCCCUCAGCAUCAAGCAGCCCCACCAAGGCAUGCAUGGAGCCUUGCACCUCAACGAAAGGCUCUCAGGAUGGUUGCGAAGCGAAACCAGGAGCCCUGGCCGAAGCAAGCAGCCAGUAUUUGCCCACUGACAGUCAGUAUCUGUCGCCCAGUAAGCAACCAAGAGACCCUCCCUUCAUGGCUUCCGAUCAGAUGGCAAGGGUCUUCGCCGAUGUCCACUCCAGAGCCAGCCGGGAUUCCAGCGAGAUGGGGGCCGUUCUCGAGCAGCUUGACCACCCCAACAGGGAUCUGGGCAGAGAGUCGGUGGAUGCGGAGGAAGUCGUGAGAGAAAUUGAUAAGCUUUUGCAAGACUGUCGGGGAAAUGACCCUGUGGCUGUGAGAAAGUGAGAGGAGGAACACAAACAACAAAAAAGCAUUGGCAUUUUCUGAUCUCUUCUGUUGAUGUAAAAAUGAUCCCUCCUGGUGACAACCUGGUUUAGGGGGAUGAAGAGACCAAUGCUGCUUUAAGGCUUUCCGUGAACAUCUGAAGUGCCCACAAGUAUGUCCUUUUCACUGCUAUUUUUUUUUUCAGAGAUAACAAUGGUUGUGUUUUGACCAAACUUAUAUUAGGACAGAAUUGAUGAUGCUCAAAGAGGAAAGAAAAACAGAAGAAAAAGGAGGAUGAGGAGGCAAGAUACCUUUUGACCAUCUGUUAGGAGGUAUGCGUGGGAGAAGUGAAGUGUUCUUGAUCACUGUAAGACUGUCCUCCGUGACUUAUGCUGACUCCACUGUUUACCUAUAAACCCCAUACAAAGCAGGGUCAUAAUGUGUGCUCUGUGGUGGAUUUUUAGCAGUCAUCACAGGCUUCUACUGAAAGUCCCGCAAAGACCUUGCAGUAGUCCAAGCUACACCAAACAUGAAUACAUAUUUGUGGUAAGCAUUUCUGUAUAAAGUUACCUGCCACACAUAUCAACACAAAGAACAUUCCAUAUCAUUAGUUGAAAAAAAAAUUUAAAAAUACUUGGUCAUUUGUAAGACACCUCAUGUCGUAUAAAAGUUAAGUGUAAAAAGAUAUAGUCCAUUUUUGUCCUGCACACACACAGACUAAUUCACUUCACUAAAAGAGGAGAAAAUUUGACGUUUUGAAAUUUCUCUUUAGCAUUUUAGUGUCCAACAAAUAUAUAAAUAAUGAUAGAUCUAUUUUUAAUUUGACCUAGAAAGAUUCUGAAAAAAAUAGUUACCAUUGAAUAAUACUAUUCAGAGAAAAUUAACAUGAUUAAUGUGUUUUACUUAUUUGUGGACACUAAAAUAGCUUAGGAAAGGGAAAAUGUCUUAGACAUACACAAAUCACAUGAUCAUUUAUAUGUGCAAAUGUAAGAAGAUUCAAUGUGUUUACAUCAAAUGACAUAUUUUUAUUGAUUUAUUGCAGAUUCAGUGCAUAUGAGCCAAAUUGUUGAGUGUAUAAGAGCUAUAUUGUGUAUUUUAUUAAAUUAAUAUAUAGUUGUGUUGCAAAAAUAUUUGGGCUUAUAUUGUAAAUGGCAAGUGUUGCCUCAGUAGCUGUCGAACUCUAUGAGUUUUGUUUUUUCCUGCUUCCUUUUCCCCAUGGAGUGUGGGAAGCAGUGCCUCAGAGCAAAGUCUCUUGUUUAAUGUAUAGUCUACCAAGUACUACAGUACAUAAUCUGUUCAAAAUGUGUUUGAGUGAGCCGAUGGAGCUAUCUGAAAGGUCAAAAAAUACAUCUGUCAGUCAUGGUUAUGUGCAAGUCCUUGUAGAAGCUUUUAUUAAAGUCAUGCUAAAUCACAAGAAUGGCAUUUGUACCAAUACCUGAAAUUUCUUCAUGUUUUCUCAAUAACAUACAGUUUCUGCCUCUGUAGAUAUCAUACUGUUGAUUGGUUUUAAAAGUAUCUUAUGUGGUUCAAGAUGUGUGUUCCCAUUGAUUUCAAAACCAUGAAAAAUGCUUUAAUGCAUGUGUGAUACCAGCCCUGGUUAUUUGCAUUGUGUAGUGUUUUUCAACAGGCCUGGGUCUUAACAGAAUGUUUUCCAUUUUUCUCAAUGUGCUUCUGCCUCUUUUUAUUGGUGUCCUUUGAGAAAAAUACACCUCCUAUUCCUUCA